AUGAAUCUCAGGGUCGCCUUUGGGCGUGUAACUGGCGGUUAUUUCCAUUCUGACGUAUUUCCAACUCAUCUGUUAAAACCUGUUCUUGCUAAGAUGAUGCAAUUUAUGAUCUUGUUUAGCCGCCAGGGAAAAUUAAGGCUCCAAAAGUGGUAUAUUUCCUAUUCUGAAAAAGAAAAGAAAAAAAUUUUACGCGAUCUCACUACAAUUGUGCUUUCACGAAAGCCAAAAAUGUGUUCAUUUAUUGAAUGGAAGGACUUGAAAGUUGUUUAUCGUCGGCACGUUCAUUCUGGUUUUAUAAUUAACGUUUUUAGUUAUGCUAGUCUAUACUUCUGUGCUGCAGUUGAACCCCAGGACAAUGAGCUAUUGACUUUGGAAAUAAUCCACAGAUAUGUGGAACUUUUAGAUAAGUAUUUUGGUAGCGUUUGUGAACUCGACAUUAUAUUCCAUUUUGAAAAGGCAUACUACGUAUUAGAUGAGUUUAUGUUGGGAGGAGAAGUUCAGGAGACUGGCAAAGAAAGCGCUUUAAACGACAUUGACAUGCAAGAUUUAAUUCAAGAGGAAGAGGCACCUCAAGGAUUUUUCGAAGAACAAGGAGGAGUGUAAAACCAAAGAAGAACAAGCUGAUAUAAGUGUGGUUGAUGUUUCUGGAUUUUAAAAUCAUUUCUGUUUCCUUCAGAGAUAAUAAAUAAUUUGUUUAAUUUGUGUAUACAUUUACUUCAAGAUAAAAGUAUACGAUAUGUUCGUAAGUAAAUUGUGCAAAGUACUCAAAAAUUAUUUACUUCUUGCAAACUUUUUUCUCUGCUCACUUUUCUAUUGUUUUGCUUAAUUUUCAAAUGCAAAUUUUAACCUCUCUCAGCAAACAUGUAUACAUUUAAGUUUUUUUUCUGUUCAUUCCCUUUAUUAAAUUAUCAGUUAACUUUUUUUUAAAAUGUAAUUUCCCUACAUAUGCCUUUCAUUUAAAAGAAAAAAGACAUUCUACUGCUCAAACCAAUUUUACAUAUCAUUGUUUUACAAGAAACUAUUACUAUUACCUCUGAUAUUACGAUUUACUUCCUGUUGUUGUUGUGGUGGUUUUGUAUAUUUGAUCAACAUUCCAAGUAAAUUUAAUUAUUUAUUUUGUAUUAUUAGCUCUGUUUUGUAAUGGUGAUAACUUUUUUUAUUUUUAAAUAGUUUUAUUGUAUCGUUUUUGUGACAUUUACUUCAAUGAAAACGGUCCUUUCUUCUUUUUUUUUUAAUAUGCAUUUUAUAUCAUGUUUGUAUUUUUCUGCGUCAUUGGUUAAACUUUCCUCUGUUCAAUGUGUGUGACUGCUCGAAGGCCGUGAUGAUAAUUAGUAUACAUUUGGUAGUAGGAAUAAGUAAUUAUAAUAAAUAUUCCUAACUAGA